AUGUCAUCUACGCAAACCGUACAGACCACAUCGCCAGCAGGCUGCUGGAUCAACGAUUUUAUCGUUGACGAAGAGGCCCGCGAGUUUGACUUGAACCUGGAACGAGCAAUCUCGGAAUCCGACGCUAUAUCAUCUUCAGCUUCGGCACAAGAGCAAAAAUGCACAUGGAAGGGGGUCCCGAUUCAACCCGCUAUGAUCAAAAACGAGUAUAAUCGCAAUGACCAGCUGGCAUUUGCUUGCGAACCAGAUCACCAGGACAUCAUGCCCACCAUAACCGUCGGCGGCGCAGGAGACCUGUCUCGCUCCGAAGAGCCCUACUACGCGCACCAUCAAGAUGGGAAACGGUGGGCGUUCACCCAUGAUUCCGCUGGGAAUCUAUACUACCCACCGGUCCAGCCCUACCCUCCAACACUGCCCCCAGAUUACAACGACGGAUACCCGACGCCCGUGACCCCGGGCUCGUCCACGCAAGUCGCAUCCGUUAAGCCGCUACCAGCACAGAGGACCGGCGGGAACCCUCUCCCUUUUGUGAUCCCGGCGCUACCUCCUCCGCCUCGGCGCAAAACCCGGAUAUUUACGGCGCCAUACCAUAUGGAUGAUACUGCUUGCGGACAAGCCCCUUACGGCAACACAUCUCGAAAGUCCGGGCCCUAUAAAACUCACCAAAAAGCGCAAUCACAUGAAAAAGUUUUCAGAUGCGAGGCGCUUGGCUGCCAAGCCAAUUUCCGUCGUUCUCAUGACAUGAAGCGGCACUAUCGCUCGAUUCAUACUGACAUUAAACCGUUCACCUGCGGGUCAUGCGACAAGCACUUCGCACGCAUGGACGCCUUAAAACGGCACACUUCCCGCGUCACUUCGGCAUGUUACCGAGAAAUACGAGACAUUGACGUUAUCACCAUCGAUUCAGCAGGGAAAUGCUCGCGUUGA